UAGAAUCCACUCAGUCACCCCGCAGCCGCGGCUCGAAAGGUUGUGUCGUGUUCGAGCACUGCAUUGCUAAAUAUAAAGUUUUAAAUGUUUCGUGAACGUUUACGAUUUUAACUUGCUUCGCUAAACAAUACGCAGUUUUUUCGUUGAUUUGCUUACAAUUAUUUGGAUAUUAAGAACAAAAUGGAUUGGAGGUCGCGAGUCUUCCUGUUCCUGAUGUUCAUUAGCGUCGCCAUCUCUGAACAUGAGGGAAACACAACGGAUCCGAGCGUCACAGAACACCCACAUGAGCAACAGUUAUCCAACACAAUCAACGAGUUGGGUUUCAAAUUGCUCACUGAGGAGAUGAAACGAUACGCGGACACAAACAUAGUUAUGUCCCCUACUGGUAUCGCAGGUCUCCUCGCGAUGGUACUUCUGGGAAGUGCUGGCAACACGUACACGGAGCUGGCAGCGGCGCUCGGGUUUUCCCAAGAUAUUCUCCGAAACCGCGCGCACCACGAAGAGUUCGGCUCGCUGCUCCAACUCCUGAACUCCAGCACCAUAUACGCCGACGCCAUAUUGGUGGAGCCGCGUACACGUAUUCGUCCGUUGUACAGAGAGUUCCUUCAACGCGUGUACCAAGGCGACGCGCGCGCUGUGGAGUUUACCGACGCGCCCUUGGCUAGAGACACCGUCAAUGAUUGGAUCAAAAACCACACGAAAGGGAAAAUAGAAGAAUUUCUGAAAGAACCCCUCCCAGUGGAGACAAGGGUUGUGUUGCUGAGCGCCCUCUACUUCAGCGGACAAUGGACUCAUCCCUUCUUGCCGGAACACACGAAGAAGAUGGCGUUCAAGACUCCUACUGGCGACGUCAUGGCCGAUAUGAUGUUGAACUUCGGACAUUUCCAAUACACAUACUCAGCUGAAGAUGGCGUGCAAAUGAUAGCUUUGCCCUACAAAGACAACACAACCACGAUGUACGUGUUGAAGUCACUUAAAAGACUUUCCUUGCAAGACCUCAUGAGCCGCCUAAACUACUCGAGGAUCGACCAACUCAUCUCCAACAUGACCAAUGACAGAGCGGUCAUCAGAUUCCCAAAAAUGGACCUAAAAAACUCAAUCCAGUUAGAAGACAGCCUUAAAUCUAUAGGGCUAAGCGAAAUGUUCUCUCCCACUGCGAAUUUCGCUCUCAUGAUCGAUACGGAUAGAGAUAAAUCUAAUGAAGAAUUGUUGACGAGGAUAAUUUUUGAGGAUAAGUCGCAGCAUAUUAAGGAUGCGGUGAACGGCCUGCCCAAUCCGGGGGUGCAUGUGGAUAAGGUGCUACAUGAAGUUAGGAUCACUAUAGAUGAAUACGGCACGGAGGCGGUGGCGGCCUCGGGCGGGUUCCUGUCUCGCACGGCGGAGCAGUUCUAUGUGGACUCCCCCUUCUACAUGUUCAUCAGGGACGAGAGCACCAAACUAGUCACAUUCAGCGCCGCCAUUUUUAAUCCUAAUCUAUAGAUUUGUAUUGGCCCAGUAAUGGACAGGGACCCCAAUUAUGGACAUAACUUGACAUAAGUUUUUUCAAUCAAUGGUAUCAGAAAAUAGAAGCAAAAUUGUUUUGUUUUUAAAUUUUAAAUAAAUCAAAAGCAACCCUGUUCUGUAUAG